GGCCAUCGACAAUAUUUUGGAUCAAACCUACGGCAAUCAAGAGCUUUCGAAAGAGGUAAGAUCUCGUAAGCGGAAACGAUAUGUUGACCUGCAUCGCUACGGAAGGAGGUGGUCACUGUUUGAGCGACGAGAAACAAUCAUUGACUACCCGAUUAUCAAUGCAUCGAAUAGUUUCGAACGCGCAAAGAUGGAAGAUAUAGAGCUUGAGGCUCUGAAUCAAUUCGAGAAGAGGCUUUAUGAUGACGAGUAUAGGUCUGUGGUUAACCAGGCAUUCACAUCUAUCUACAAUGCCUACCUUGAGCACCGAAAUCCUUCUACCCUGCAGCCAGCGCAGAGAGCUCGAUCGGUGAUAUCCCAAAAACGUUUACGAAGCAAUGAGGUUACCAUAGCUACCGAGCCAAGCAGAAAAAGAUACCGUUCCUUGCGCUGUGCUCAGCAGAAGCAAGACACGCACCGAAAUACUCAAGACCAAGGCGAUAACUUUCGUGGAACUCUCAAUCAACAUACCAAGUCUAGAAACACAUUCCAGCUCGCAAUAUUGGCCAGGAACACACAGUCUUCUUUAUAAUUCAGAGACCGGACCUCCACCAACACCACAUGUCAUAAGUCAGGAUGAUCAAGCUAUCUCCAAUCCAAAGCACAACAGAGGCUCUCACGAUAACACUUUGAUCAAUAGUCAGCGAUCGGACGCUGGAAAAGCGCUAAAUACUACUGGA